AUGGUUCCAUGGGAGGACAUUGAAUGCACCUUCCAGCGCUCUAAGAACGAUAACAAACCACUUAUUCUCACCAUUGAACUGCACAUCGACAUCGUGAAAAUCUAUGGAUUCAGGCGACGAGCUAGGUACGAAUAUUCGUUCACAGAGCCUUCCAUCGAAACAGACAUGGUUUGUAUUGUAGAGAACAAAGAGCUCUAUGUGAACGCUACGUAUCUUGCAAUGCUGUCGCCGUUCUUUCGCUCAC